AUGACUCAACUGCGACUCCGGGUCCAGGGGCAAUCCUUUCGAGAUCCCCAGAACCGAGAAGUUAUUCUAAGGGGAAUAAAUGUCGCAGGCGAUGCAAAAUAUCCGAAAUUCUCAACACAGGGAUCUCAUAAUUCCGAGGACUUGUUCGAUGCGGAUGAUGUCUCAUUUGUUGGACGUCCAUUUCCUCUAGAGCAGGCGGAUUCCCACUUUCAACGACUCCGAAAAUGGGGAUAUAAUACCAUUCGAUACAUUUUUACGUGGGAGGCCAUCGAGCACGCUGGCCCCGGUAUAUACGACGAGGAAUGGGUGGAUUUCACUCUUCAGAUCCUUGGCAUCGCCAAACGUUAUCAGUUCUAUAUUUUCAUGGAUCCACAUCAAGAUGUGUGGUCGCGACUAUCAGGGGGAUCAGGAGCACCAGCAUGGACCUUUUAUGCAGCUGGACUAGAUCCAAGGUCUUUCACGAAUACAGAGGCCGCCAUCUCUCAGCACACAUCGGACAAUCCUGCAGAGUUCCCCAAGAUGAUAUGGUGUACUAAUUAUACCAGGUUGGCUUGUCAGACUAUGUUCACUUUGUUCUGGGCUGGCCGAGACUUUGCGCCAAAAGCAAUCAUUGAUGGUGUGAAUAUUCAGACAUACUUACAAAACCACUUCAUUGCGGCGUGCAAAUAUCUCGCACAAAGAAUACAUGAUACAGAAGGUCUCGAACAAGAUGUGGUUAUUGGGUGGGAAAGUUUGAAUGAGCCCAAUAGGGGACUUAUCGGUAUUCAAGAUAUUUCGAAAGUUCCAGAAGAGCAGCAUCUACAACUCGGCACAUCACCUACUGCCUUUCAGGGUAUGCUUCUUGGAUCCGGGAGGUCCUGUGAGGUGGAAGUGUGGCGAUUUGGAAGAAUGGGACCACGCCGGACUGGCAAACGUGUCGUCAAUUCGAAGAGCGAGUCGGUCUGGCUACAAUCCGAGUGUAGCAAAUACGGCUGGCGACGAGAUCCUGGAUGGAAACUCGGGAAAUGCCUUUGGGCGCAGCAUGGCGUUUGGGAUCCGACCAACGAUAACCUGAUCCACAACGACUAUUUUUCGAAGACGCCCGGGUCUGACGAGGAUCUGGACUAUGAAAAGUUCACCAAUACCUACUUUCUGGAGCACUAUAGAGCAUACAGAGACGCAAUUCGCAGUGUUUGUGAGGGCACCAUCAUGUUCUGCCAGCCUCCUGUUAUGGAAAUUCCGCCGAAGAUCAAAGAUACUAUCGAUGACGAUCCGAAUAUGGUCCAUGCUGUUCACUUUUACGAUGGUCUGACACUAUUGAGAAAGCACUGGAGCCGCUUUUUCAAUAUCGACGUGAUCGGCGUACUUCGAGGCAAACACUUGUUGCCGGCAUUCGCAGUCAAAUUUGGCGAGACGUCUAUUCGCAAAGGGCUACGAGAUCAGCUCAUGUUUAUCCGCAACGAAAGUUUCAACAAUGUUGGGAAUCAUCCACUCAUUUUUACGGAGAUUGGAGUUCCAUAUGAUCUGGAUAAUAAACAUGCCUAUAAGACUGGAGACUACAAGAGUCAAAUCAAAGCUAUGGAUGCCAACCAUUUUGCUCUCGAAGGGAGCAAUGCCAACGGAUUUACCUUGUGGGCCUAUAUGACAGAGAACAAUCACAAAUGUGGCGAUCAAUGGAAUGGUGAGGACUUUUCGAUAUUCUCUCAAGAUGACUUGGAGCUGCCGGACAAGAAGAAUCCACGUUCCAUCAGAUCACGUCCGUCGACGUCAUCCGACACUCAUGCUUCUGAGAAUAGUAUCAAAGCUGAUCCAAACGCCCAAAGUGUUCCGGGGUCAAGGCGUAGAUCAACUGGAUUUGAUCAUUUUCAGAAAGUGGUGACUCGGAGAAAAGGCUAUCGCGCAGCAGAGGCUUACCUUCGCCCUAGCCCAAUCUGUGUUGACGGCCAAUUGAACAGCCAUGGUUUCGAUUUGAAAAGAUGCACAUUUACGAUGAGCAUAACUGGGAAAGCUACGGCCUCCAACUCUCCAACUGAGAUAUAUCUCCCAUACUUCCAUUUUCCACAGAAAGAUACGGUGGUUACUGUGAGUGGGGGCAAAUGGAAGAUUGUCGAGCAAGAGGUCAAUCAUUGCAAAGUACAAUUUUUGCUGUGGUGGCAUGAUGAAGGGAAUUCAGAAAUUGAAGUCAACGGAGUUGGUUGUAGAACAAGAAAAUCAGCUUUUUGA